AUGUCCCACUACGAUUCUGACGACGCUUAUCCCAAGUCGCCUGGCUUGCAGCCAAUAAAGAUCAAAUCGACUCCCUCGCCCUCUCCGCCGCCAUUCCCUCCGCAGCACAGUGCGCCUGUGAUCACUCAAACUGGCGAUACCGUCCUCCUGAGCUUCCUGGACCCCAAUCGGCCGGACAUCGCCAGAGCCGCUGGGGAGAGGGCCCUCAACUCCGACUCAGACCCAGAGCCGAGCGACUCUGAGGACGACACUCCAGGCUCCCCUAUGCAAACUAACAACGAGACGACGACAGCCACAGUCCGUAUUGCUGAGGCCGCCCUCAAGAAGUUCAACGGCGAUGGGCACUCUGUCGCUUCCAAGCCCGCAUUGGCACCUCCCGUAAAAACAACCGUGACAGAGAUCAGACCGGAGCACGACACCGACAUGGAUCGCCAUUCGCCCAAAUCCCGAGUCGAGGAACAGCCGACAAGAAGGGAGAGUACCCAUUUCAACCAGGGGCUGCCCACUCCCGAGAACUUCCCCAAGGGUGGCACUGAUGGGCCGACCCCAAUCAGCACGACGAAAGCGGACCACUCGCCAGCAACAUCGCCAAACCUGCGCGACUUGGCCAUUCCAGACUCCCAAGCUUCCCCUGACGAGAGGCUGCCGGCCCUGCAGAAUCCCACCUCCCCGAAUCGGGACAGUACGGCUGGCUCCCCUAACCAGAGUCUACCUUCCUUCCGCCAUCUGAGCGAAAUAGCGGAGCAGGCGUCUCAGGAGAAUGAGCACCGGGCAAGCAUUGACCAUAGAGCAAGUUUCUCGCACCGUCCGUCGAUCUCGUCGACUGUUCACAUGCCAACGUGCAUUCACAAGCGCGGCCGCAUUAUUGUCCAGUGCCUGGUUGUUCACGUGGAGAAGGAGGCAAGGGCUUCAAGCGCAAAAACGAAAUGA